AUGAAAAGUCGUGCUCCUCUCCCCGUUCCCUCCGGGGCUCAACCGCUGCAGAACGGUCAUUCCCGCAAUCUCUCAGGCCUCGACAUGACUGCCCGGAGUCCUCCCAACCAAAGCAACACCAAGCAUGUACCCUGCAAAUUCUAUCGCCAGGGAGCUUGCCAGGCUGGACCUGCCUGUCCCUUUUUGCAUUCCACAGAUGCUGCGAUCGACUAUGCGCCGUGCAAAUACUUUACCAAGGGAAACUGCAAGUUCGGUGCCAAAUGUGCGCUGGCGCAUAUCCUCCCCGAUGGACGGCGGGUUAAUCGACCCAGUGCAAUGGGGGGAAGCCAUCUCAAUCUCGGUGGCCGCGUCAAUCCACAAGCCUAUGUCAACCAAGAUUCAGCCCUGACCAAUUCGGUGCUUUCGCAACAACGGAUGAAUGGCCACGAUCCUCGUUAUGCCUCCCAAAUUUCACACCAAGAAGAAUUCGCCUCAUUACACCCUCAGCAGCAACAGCAGCAGCCACAGCAGCCGCAGGCUCCGCCAUAUGAUGCCAUUCCUACGAUCGAUACGGGACUGGUCUCGGAUACGGGUUCUAAGUACGGGUCACCAGUCGACGACAUUCGCUUUCCCAUGUCUCCAAACCAUCACCACUUGACCGCUCUUGACGCGCCUUUGCCUGCGUCUUUUGACAGCCAGGGAAUAUCUCAUGCUGCCCGCUAUGGUCCCGUAGCCGCAUCCAUGCCCUCGAAGUUCGGAUUGGAACUUUCGCCACCUGCUCAACGGAUCGGGGCUCCGUCAGACGCCCUUCGCAAUCUCCGCGACACGGCCUACGGACCAGACGCCCGGAAAGCUUCCUUUAUCGGAUCAUCUCCUCCUGGGAUUCCCGAAGAUGUUCUGGGCCCGCGGUUCAUGCAUUCUCAACGGCCCGUAAAACCUCGCAUGCUCUCUGCCAGCGUGCCUCGACCCACAGCCCUGGAAGAUUGGGAUGAAAGCAAUUUCCCCAUGGAGGAGGAUUUUCUGCCCAUGAAUCUACACGAUGACGUACUGACGCCCCAGGAGCGGCUUCGUCGUCUAUCUCGAACUGAUCAUGAGCUUAGUUCGAGCCAUCGUGAUCUCAGUGGGCUUGGCAUGACUGGCACUAGUCUCUCAAAAGUUGGCUCGCCCCUGGCGUCUAGUCCUUCUCGCUUUGGUGCCUUGUUUGCAAAGCAGCGGCAGAAGAAAGAAGAAGAUGCCCAUGGAAUCUCAUUCCCCCAGGUUGGAUCGCCUCUUCGUGAGUCUUCGCUGAACUUGGAAAUGAGAAGCCCCAGUUUGGGUCCCAUUGGAAGCCGCCAGGUUUCUGGUGAUAUUCCCACAUUUGUUUCUCCUUCCCGACAAACGUCGACAUCCAUGAUUUCUCAGCAACUUAGUGGCAUGUCUCUUCACCCUGGAUCGGCUCGCCAUCUGUCGUCCUCCGGCCCCAAUAGUCGCCUAGAUAGAACUGUCUCGUCGCCUGUCAGCACAAGCAAGAUUGACGAAGAACAGAGUGAUUUAGUGUUCUCCAUGGAAGAGGAAGAGAGCAACAACAAGCGCAACAGUGCCUCAUGGGAUAUGCACAAGACGGAUCCCAAUGAGGAUACGACCGCGACCAGCGACUCCGGUUUUCAGUCUUAG